UGCGGCGGAGAUGGGCGCGGCGGGAAGGCGCUGGGGCCGGCGGGAGCGAGCCCUGCUGUGGACCAUCCUGGUGGCAGCGUGGGACGCGGCGUGGGGGCAGCUGCGCUACUCGGUUCCCGAGGAGCUGCCCAAGGGCUCGUUCGUGGGCGACGUGGCCAAGGACCUGGGGCUGGAGAUGCCGGCGCUCCGCGACCGCGGCAUCCGAGUCGCCUCCGAAGGUAGGAUGCAAUAUUUCACUCUGCACGGGAAAACGGGCCAUUUGGUGACAGCGGAGAGGAUAGACAGGGAGCAGCUGUGCCGGUUGGUGGAGAAAUGCGUUCUGCGCUGUGAGGUGAUCGUGGAGGGGGACAUGAAGUUUUAUGAAAUCGAAGUGGAGAUCACGGACAUUAACGACAACGCGCCCAGCUUCCGACAAGCAGAAAAAGAACUGAGAAUGAGCGAGAUGACAGCUCCGGGGUCACGGUUUCCAUUGGUCGAGGCUCACGACCCGGACUCGGGCCCGAAUUCCCUGCAGCGCUACGAGCUGAGCGGCGACGAGCACUUCUCGCUGGCCGUGCAGGCGGGUCCCGGCGGGGAUCAGCGUCCCGAGCUGGUGCUGGCGAAGGCGCUGGACCGGGAGGAGGCGGCGUUUCACGAGCUGGUGCUGAGGGCGAGCGAUGGCGGAGAGCCUGCGCGGACGGGCACGGCGCGGAUCCGCGUGGCGGUGCUGGACGCCAACGACAACGCGCCCGUGUUCAGCCAGGAGGAGUACACGGUGCGUGUGCCCGAGGACAUGCCCGUGGGCUCCCUCCUCGUUAUCGUCACUGCCUCUGACGCUGAUGAGGGGUUGAACGGACACGUGAAAUACAUUUUCCAUAAAAUUUCAGACCGGGCGUCGGAACUUUUCCAUUUGGACUCUGAGACUGGAGAAAUAUCCCUGAAGGACAAUUUGGACUUUGAGGAAGUAUCCACACAUGAACUGGAGGUGCAGGCACUCGACGGAGGAGAGCUUUUCGAUGCAGCGAAAGUCGCGAUAACAGUGACAGACGUCAACGACAACUACCCCGAGAUUUCAGUGCGAUCGUUUCUGAGCGAGAUAUCGGAGGACUCGCCAUCGGGGACUGUGGUGGCCCUGCUGCACGUGCAGGACAGGGACUCGGGGGUGAACGGCCAGGUGCGCUGCUCGCUGGACGAGGGUGUCCCGUUCCGGCUGCGGAGCUCGCAGGGCAGCUACUACAGUGUGAUGACAUCGAGGGAGCUGGACCGCGAGAAGGUGUCGGAGUACAACGUGACGGUGCGGGCGGUGGACGGCGGGUCGCCGGUGAAGGAGAGCAGCGCGGUGCUGGCGCUGCGGGUGCUGGACGUGAACGACAACGCGCCGGUGUUCGCGGAGCCGCGCUACAGCGCCCGGCUGGCAGAGAACAACGCGGCGGGAGCGCUGGUGCUGACGGUGCGGGCAACGGACGCGGACUGGGGGCAGAACGCGCGCGUGCGGUACCGGCUGUCGGAGGGGCGUGUGCGGGGCGCGCCGCUCUCGUCCUACGUGUCGGUGCAGGCGGAGACGGGCGCGCUGUACGCGCUGCGCUCGUUCGACUACGAGGAGGUGCGCGAGUUCGCGGUGGUGGUGCGGGCGCAGGAUGGCGGGGAACCGGCGCGGAGCUCGACGGCGACGGUGCGCGUCUUCGUGUUGGACCGCAACGACAACGCGCCGCGGGUGCUGUGGCCGGCGCCGGUCCCCGGAGAGGACCCGGGAUCGACCCCCUUCGAGAUGGUGCCUCGGUCGGCCGAGGCCGGGUACCUGGUGGCCAAGGUGGUGGCGGUGGACGCGGAUGCGGGGCGCAACGCCUGGCUGUCGUACGAGCUGGUGCAGGCGCCGGAGCCGGCGCUGUUCCGCGUGGGGCUGCACAGCGGCGAGGUGCGCACGGCGCGGGCCGUGUCGGACAGGGACGCGGCGAAGCAGCGGCUCGUGGCCGUGGUGAAGGACCACGGGCAGCCGGCGCUGUCGGCCACGGCCACGCUGCACGUGGUGCUGGCCGAGAGCUUGCAGGAGGCGCUGCCGGAGCUGAGCGACAGAGAUGCUGUGUCCGAGCUGACGUCUGAUCUAAAUCUCAUUCUUGUAGUGGCACUCGCUGCCGUGUGCUGCUUGUUCUUUUUCACAGUCAUUUUGAUAUUGUUCUUUAAAUGCCGACGGUCGAGGAGCCCUCCCGUUUUUAUUACUUCUGAUAAAGAAAUGUAUUCCACCCUGGGCUCCAAAGCACCGUACAACUACUGCAGCAGCACUUUGCCCUUGCCCUACUCCUAUGAGGUGUGUUUAGCCUCCGAGUCGGGACAGAAGGAUUUUACAUUUGUGAGACCAGAGGCAGCGGCGCUGUCUGACCAUCUCCAAGCCCGGGAACCUGGCUCAGGCACUGACUCUGGCAAAGACCCUCCUAGCCCUGGGAUCUCGACACAGGCGCUGCCGGUGCCGUGGUUCACGCAGUGCCGUGAACCUGCUGGACUGUUGUUGUACGGGAACGGGAACCGCUCCCGACCCCGGCGAACCAGACCGUGCAUUUCCCUGCGUCUGGCUGGUAGAAACAGGUACCAAAGAGCAAGCUGGGAGGCGGUGAGAGCAGGAGGGCGUAUUAAACCGAGAACUUUACGAUUUGUAGGGAAAGAUGCCUGCGGGUACAGUGACGGGACAUGGAGGGGGCGCCUGGGGAGGGUACAGGAGGUGCCGGUCCCAGGUGCUCCUGGGAACCCCGCAGCAGGAGCUGCCCUGCGAGGUGACUGUGCUGCGGCCGGAGCAGCUGCUCAUCACUCGGCAGCACUAAAUCUGUGUCGUUUUACCGGCUACGCUGCUUUGGCGGCACAAAGGCUCGACGCCGUGAGGUAUCAGGAAGGAUCUGACCAAGCGCUUGGGUGGCAGAACCGGCAUUCUGAAGGUCCCGAAGGACACGGAGCUGGAUUUCUCCGGCGCCCUGUGUACUCCGGCAGACCCUCUUCACCUUCCCUUCUUGUUCCCGCUGCUUCUUUCCAGCGCGGUUUUCCCGGGACAUCCCCACCCUCCCCCGUUUCCAUCCCUCUUUCUGGCGUCAUCCUCUCCACUAUCUCUUACACCUUCCUUCCCGCACACGGCAGUCCCCGUGCCCUUUCUACACUGCCUCUCCCAGCCCGGCUGUCCUUAUCAGCCGGGUUUCUCACAGGGAUCUUCUUUCCCUUCGGGGUCAACGGGCUGGAGCAGCGCUGCCUUCGGGCCGGGGCUGCCGCGCUCACCGACGAGCGCUGCCCCUCGGCGGGGUUCCGGUAG